CCUCCGAAUAACGCUAUGUCGCCCGCUGUUGAGAAGAAGGAAGCCCCUAAAAAGGUUAAGAGGGAUCCCGCAAAGAACCCUAUGCGGGACUUGCACAUCCGAAAACUCUGCCUGAACAUUUGUGUGGAUGAAUCUGGUGAUAGGAUUACUCGAGCUGCUAAGGUUUUGGAACAAUUACAACAGCCCGAGUUCUAAAAUGCCCGCUAUACCGUGCGUUCAUUCGGUAUCAGACGUAAUGAAAAAAUUGCUGUACAUUGCACAGUUCGUGGUGCUAAGGCCGAAGAGAUCUUGGAACGUAGUCUUAAAGUUCGUGAAUACGAGUUGAGGAGGGACAACUUUUCUUCCACAGGAAACUUCGAUUUCGGUAUCCAGUAACAUAUCGGU